ACGUCACCGUGAACUAGGUAACGUCAAAUGAGAGUUGUGAAACGAUUAGAAAAAACCACGUUGCUGAAUGCUGGCGCUAGUUUAGUUAAUAAUAAUCGUUAGUAAUGUUGAUGUUCUGUCCCACAUGCGGUAAUCUACUGCUGGUGGAAGAGAGCACCGACUCGCUCAGGUUUUCCUGCAACACGUGUCCAUACAUCUGCAAGAUCCGGAGAACUAUUUCCAGCCGCAUCUACCCCACGCUGAAGGAGGUAGACCAUGUGAUGGGCGGUUCCGCAGCAUGGGAGAACGUUGACUCAACCGAUGCCGUAUGCCCUUCCUGCUCACAUAAUCGAGCUUACUUUAUGCAAAUGCAGACCCGUUCGGCGGACGAACCGAUGACCACGUUUUACAAGUGCUGCAACCAAACGUGUGGUCAUAAUUGGCGCGAUUAAGUGAAAGCUAAAGCUCGUUUAUACAAGCAACAUUAAAUCGAUGUUUUUCAGCAACAUUAUUAGUAGUGUACUCACGCGCCUAGUAGUAAGCAGUAUGAAACAAACACACAAACACAGGUACAGUACUCGUACUAGUCAAAACUAUACCGACGCUAACAGAAAACCGUACACAUUGCGGUACGCACCGAAAGAUGUGAAGGAGCAGGAGUCGAAGGUAAUAUCGACUAUCCGUAAGGAUGCAAAAGCGAUAGCAGUGGCAAAGCUACAGGCAGGUGAAGUGAUUGCAAUUCCUACAGAUACCGUGUAUGGGCUUACCUGCAGUGCCAACAAUCCGGAAGCAAUACACCGGUUGUACAAUAUUAAGGGCCGGCAUGAGCUAAAACCCGUCGCCAUAUGUGUGGCCAGCAUAGAGGAUGUGCGGCAGUGGGGCGAAACGGACCAUCUAAAUGAUGAGCUUUUGGGUGAACUUUUCCCCGGAGCGGUAACGCUCGUGGUGCGAAGAUCGUCGAAAUUAAACAAUCCCGCGCUGAACCCGGGUGUGGCAAACAUUGGCAUAAGAAUUACGGAAAACAAAUUCAUACAGCAUGUGUGUGAAGCGUUUCAGCAGCCGAUAGCACUGACCAGUGCUAACAAAAGCUCCAGCAAAAGCACUCUGAAUGUGGAAGAGUUUAAAGAACUGUGGGGUGAGCUGGGGGCCGUGUUCGAUGGAGGUCAGUUAGGUUUGUCGGAGGAGCAAAGGGCCGCGUCCACGGUGAUUGAUCUAUCCGAACCGGAGCGCUACAAGAUCAUUCGUUGGGGUGUUUCAGUGGAAAAAAUUAUUAAAACAGUUGAAAGGCAUAACUUUCGAGCAGUGGAGUAGCAGAGUGUUUGGUCAUAUAUGUUUGUCAUAUAAUAACAGCGCAUAGUUCGAACACACUCGAACAAAAUCGAACAAUGCUAUGCACUUUCCCGGCUCUUCCAGUAUUGCAGUUACACUAACAUGCAUGGUUCAAUAGAAACACUAAUUAAAAGAGCAAAAAAACAUGGUUCCUCCUGCUGUCCUUUGACCAGUAAAAUCAAGCGUAUCUAACCCGGCUUUACUUAAUAAAAUGUUAAAAUAAAACAACAGGCACUAAA